GGCUGCACUUCCUGUUUGCAGUAACUUUUCAGGACGGAGAUCGUCCGCGCGGUUCUGUCGGCCCGAACACACCGAACCGCCUGGCCAUGACCCAGCAGGAGGAGCAGGAGUUCACGGAGAGCCUGGAGGCGGCCCUCUCCUGGAUGCAGGCUGUGCGGGAGAGGCUGAGGGCCAAUGACAACACCCAGGGGCCGCGUGAUGCCCUGGAGGCCAGGCUCCGGGAGACUGAGAAAAUCCAUCAUUCAGAAGAUGAGGGUCGCAUGAUGAUGGACUUGGCGCUGGUGGCUGCAGAGAACCUUCUGCAGAGCGGAGAUGAAGAGCUGAGGAACACCACCCAUGCUCACCUAAAAGACCUGAAGAGCCAAUGGGAGGAGACCUGCACCUACAUCAUCCACUGCCACAGUCGCAUCGAGUGGGUGUGGCUCCACUGGAGCGAAUACCUGAAGGCCUACGAGGAGUUUGAGAUGUGGCUGACAAAGCAGCGCUGCAGCCUGGAUGUGGGGGUGGAGCUGCAGCUGGGCCUGAAGGAGAAGCUGUGGCAGCUGGACCAGCAGCGGGUGGUGGUCAGCAACAUCCACGGCCAGCGGGAGCUGCUGAACAGGCUGUUGGAGGAGGCGGCGGCGCUUCACAGCAGAACCCAGGACCCCAGUGUGGAUCCACAGGUCCAGCAGAGGCUGCAGGACGACUACACCGACGUCAAAGACCAAGCAGAGGAGCGCCUGACACUGCUUCAGAGGAUCAGCGACGAGCACCAGAUGUUCCAGAGCUGCGCUCACAGGUUCCAGACCUGGUUGGUGUCCAAAACCAAGGAACUGACGGAGCUGAUGGAGAGGGAUGAGACGGCCGACGACAAGCUGAAAGCCCUGCAGGUUCUGGACGACAGCGUGGCCUGUGAGGAGAAGACCCUGCAGCACAUCGAAGGCGUGGCGGACGCCGUCAGGGCCAACACGUCUCCUGCGGGGGCGGAGUCGGUCCAGGAGGAGGCUGAGGAGCUGAGGCUGGGCUGGCAGCGUCUGAGACAGGGUCUUUGUGAGGCUGAGGACGGUCUACGCUGCAAGCUGGACUCCCACAGCCAGUACGUGUCCCGGUGCCGCCGGCUGGGGGACGGCAUCAACCACCUCAAGGAGCUGCUGCAGGGGCUGGACCAGGAGCUGGGGGGGACCCUGGAGUCCAGGAGCUGCUUGGACCAGAACGAGGAGCAGAUGGUGGGCCAGUGGAGGAAAUAUACGGGGGUGAGGAACACUCUGGUGGGGGAGGAGACUCAGGUGGAGCAUCUCAGGGCUCAGCUGAAGGAACUUUUCAAGUUCUCUGGAGACUCAAGUCAACUGUCCAAUGAUGUGCUGGCUCUCAUCAAAGACCACCAGAGUGUAAAGUGCAGAGUGAACCGGCUGUGUUCAGAAUCCGAGCAGGGUCUAAGGACCGUCCUCCAGGACCCGCUGAUGGUCUACAACCAGUGGAUCCAGAUGGUCUCUCAGGUUCUGGAGGCCUCAUCUGACGUCUCCAACUUCUCCCACAUUGCGAUGCUGGUCCAGAAAAUAGAGAGUCUGCUGAAGGACAGUGUCCAGCUGCAGCAGCGUCUCAGCCAGCUGCAGGUGAAGGGGGACCUGCUGGACUCGGUGUUCGGUCCUGAGAGGGCCGAAGGUUUGCAGGAGGAUCUUACCAACGCCAUCAGGAACAGAGAGCUGCUGCAUACCCAGCUGGUCCAAAGGAAGAACAGGCUGCAGGGUUUCAUUUCCAGAACCAAAGACUUCAGUGAGGCCCACGAGCUGAUCCGGUCCAAGCUGGAGGCUUUCAGGGACAGGCUGCUGGCAGCUGACGUCCUGCAGCCCGAUAUCCUCGCCAAGAAAAGCCAGUUGGACCAGUUUCUGGUUCUGCAGAAGGACCUGGAGGACUACGAGGCCGACUUGUCGGUUCUGGAGACGCUGGUUUCCGGCAGUCCAAGCAACAGAACUCAGUAUGAGAAGCUGUGUGGUGACUGGAAGGAGCUGCAGAGGAGAGUCAAGGUCAAGGUGGAGCAGAGUGAGGAGAACAUCUCGGACCAUCAGAACUUCCUCAGCGGCCUGCUGAGCAUCCAGAACUGGAUGAUGAUCAUGAAGCAGAAACUAGACUCAUUCUGCAGCCCGUCGGGGGGGUGGAGCUUGGAGGGUCGGCACCAUGAGGCUGAGCGAGCACUGGCAGAGUUCCCAGAGAAGGAGGUCCAGCUGCAGCAGGUGGAGGUCCAGGGUCAGGGGGUCCUACACAGGACUUCAGAGGAUGGACAGGUCCACAUUCUGGGAGAUCUCCAGCACCUCAGACAGCUCUGGACCGGGCUGUUCUCCACCAGCCUGCACCUGCACAGACUUUGUGUCGGUCUCUCUGUCAGGCUGCUGGACGGGUCCACUGCGACACCAGGACAGACAAGGGAACAGCUGGAACCAGUGACCCAGACCCAACCCGUUCCAUCAGAAGUCGGCUCUAGAGGAGAUGAAGGGGACAGUUCUGCUCUCAGCAGACGGAGCGAAUCAGCCGGACGGGUCGGUAUCAUGCUGGCUGGAGAUGGACAGGAAGCGGCAGGGUCCGACUGGCCCAGCUGUACUGGUGGAGGAAGAGGAGAGGACAGAGUGGACACAGCAGGGUCGACGGCUCGAUUCCGAAAAGGCGCAUCAGCAGAUCAGUCCUGCACGGGCACCAGUGUACUAGACAGAUCCAGAUGGCACCAGUUUGAGGCCUGGCUGUCCAGAGAGAAUGAACUCCUGACAGAGAUCCUCAGCUCCAAGGAGGCAGGACUCAGCGCCGCAGAGGUCCAGACCAGGCAGGAAACGCUGCAGGCUCUCCGGUCCAGAGUGUCCUGGGGUCAGGAGCAGUUCCAACUGCUGCUGCAGGAGCAGAAGCGCGGUCAGACCGGUCCAGAUCCAGCAGAAGAUGUGGCUCUGGAGGAGCUUCGGUACCGAUGGAUGCUCUACAAGUCCAAGCUGAAGGAUGUGGGCGACAUCAGGGCCACAACCAGAAGCAGAGCCAGAGGCAGAGGCAGUGCCAAGAGAGUCGCAGCCAAUCAGGAGGAGCCGCCCACUAAAGCAAAGCUCCAGAAGAGGUGUGGCCUGCUGCAGAGGGCGUGUCGGCUGGCGUUUCUUCUGUGGCUCCUCCUCCUCGCUCUGCUGCUCUUCGCCUUUCUGCUGCCCUUCAUGGACGAAGGCAGCAGCUGCUCGCUCUCCAACAACUUCGCCCGGUCCUUCAGCAUCAUGCUGCGCUACGACGGGCCGCCUCCCACAUAGGAACCAGAACCAUGGCAGGGCGGGGCGGGCCUGGAAAGCCUGAUGAAGUUCAAGCUGGACCUCUUUAUCUUCAGUUAGCAUGAAGUGUGUGCAGCUUCAGACUGCUACAUGUCUUCUUCUGGAACCAGUUUCAGUGUUGAUGCUGCUCUGUGAUCAACGUCUUCCUCCGUUACCAUGGAAUCUGCCCCUAGCAACAUGCAUUUGGAUGCUUUUACCUCCACCACCACUCACCUGGCUGCAUGCGAUCAGAUUUUGUCCAAGUGAAGGUCACUCCACAUUCUGCCAUCUGUAACGCAACUCCUUUUUUAAUUUUUUUUAUCUGUUUGUCUUUAAAGUAACAGUGUGUAGCAGUUACUGCCAUCUAGUGGUCCAGAUGGAGAUAAGACCAUGGCAGCAGCCGUCCACUGUCAGAACUCUUCUUCAUGUCUUUCAUGGCUUCUCUUUGUAGAAGAACCUGCUGCAACAGAUUAAAUGCUUUAUUCUGAUAUAAUGCAUUUAACAAAAAUAUUAGAUGCCAAAGAAAUCUCGUUUUUAAUCAGUUUGUUCUCAUGGAUUUGUUAUUGUUUCACACUGUGGCUUUAAUAAUCACUAAUGAGAUGAAAACACUCCACGUUGUUUUUAACAGGAGACUUUCUGAACUCAAAUCAUUUUGUCCAAAUGCUCUCAUGGAUCUGGCUGCAACAUUAAAUGUUGAUUAAAGCAG